CCAGCCCGAGCCCUGUCAUUGUAAGUUUGUGAGUGUGUUUUCAUUUGCACGGAAACCUUUCAGGAUGAAAGUUGGAAUAGUGGCUUUGGUAGCUGGUCUCAUCGGUGGAGUUGGGAUCCUACUGUUUUUUACUGCAUUUGGGACAGAUUAUUGGCUCCUGGCAACAGAAAACUGUGGGGUCAUCGAUGAAAGCAUUUCUCCAGCAGAGAAUAUAAGUGACCCCAGGAUACCCACCCUGUACUUUCACCACGAAGGCUUCUUUUGGCGGUGCUGGUUUAAUGGGGAUGAAGUUGAGGAGACCAUUUGGAACUUUUGGUUCACAAGCCAAACACAUCCCAAGCACUGUAUCCAUGGCUAUCUGUUCCCAAUGCCGAUCGCUCCAGGACCUGUCCCGCAUCCGUCCUAUGACCCAACAGCAGUGUAUCGAGGAUUCUGGACGGCGUUUAUAACUCUAGCUGUUGCUGCCAGUCUGGUGGGGAUCCUGCUUUUGGUGUGUGCCGUUCCCUUUGUGACUGCUCACCUCUAUAAAGAAGGGGGUGGCUUCCUCCUCACUGCUGGAGGCUUGCUCGCUCUACUUAUCCUUCUCUUUGUCAUGUGGAAGGAGUUUGCCGCUGAUCUGCCGAAAUAUAUUCUCUUAGAAAGAAGUCAGAAUUGCCUGCCCGAUACUCAUGUAUAUGCGUAUUAUGGAUGGUCCUUUAUGUUUGCCGCAGCCGGGACACCCUUGGUCCUGCUCUCUGGUCUCCUGUUCCUUUGCAUCGGCCGGAGCAUUCGUGUAGAAGAAAAAUAAAUAAGGAAACUAGAAGUAUAUUAAAGAAGAUUCCUCAGUGUAGAUCUGGGCACAAAACAAUUCAGAUAAAGGACAUUUCAUGUCUAUAUUCAUAAGCAACCAGCUGUGCAGAGCCGAUUAAGAGCAACAAACCUUCAUUGCAAUUCUCGUCACGGAAAAAAAAUGGGAUAAAUAAAAUGCACGCCUGGCUGCCGAUGGCAGAGUUUUAAAAUAUUUUCAUGAUAGCGCACGUACUGUAUGUAUAUAUAUAUAUAUUUCUUCUGAAAGACGCAGUUUUUGAUAGGUUUAAGUUUAUUCUGAACUUUCAAUAAUAUGUCAAGAAAUCAAAUAAAAUGACUGAUACUA